AUGAAUUAAUCUAAUAAAUAAAACGAAGAACUAUCUGAGAUUUUCGUGAAAGUUAAGGAUAUUGAUGAACAAAUAUACUACUUGAUAAUUGAAAUACUAAGAAAAGAAAAGAUUUCAGAUUGCAUAGGAUUCCUUUCAAACCUUGAUAAUCAAAAAUAUUUAGAUGAAUAACUCAAGGUGCAUCAGGAUCUAGAAAUAAUUAACAUUGAGAAGAUGACUAAUAUUAUCUAAUAAAUACAAGAUCAAAACUUUAAUAAAUAUAAUUAUUCAGAGGAAAUCUACACAGACUUAAAAAAAGACCUGAUUAAAAAUGUAUUAAAUAAUAGAAGAUAAUCCAAUUUUUUUAAUUUUUAGUUCGUCUCACAGCCUUAGAUUAAACCUUUAUCUAGUGUGGGUCAAAUUCAUUACAUUUAUUAGUUGAGAUGAAGGUUGAACUUGGAAACUAAAAUUUUGAAAAUAUUAAAGUUUGCAAUACAUCCAUAGUGGGUGCUAAUUUUGUUAGAUGCAAUUUAAGUGGAUCGUAAUUUGAAACGUCGAUAUAAGUGGAUUGAAUUUGAACGGCGCGAUACUAUUUAACUGUAAAUGGAAGAAUAUUAAAAUACAAAAGUUAAGUAUAUUAAAAGGACAUACUUUGGCAGUCCUAUCAGUAUGUUUUACUCCAGAUAGUUCUACAUUAGCAUCUUGUAGUGGAGAUAAUUCAAUCCGUUUAUGGGAUAUUAAAACAGGAGAAUAAAAAUCUAAAUUAUUUGGUCAUACUAGUAUUGUCUAUUCAGUCUAUUUCUCACCUGAUGGUACUACAUUAGCAUCUGGUAGGGAUGAUAUGUCCAUCAGAAUAUGGGAUGUUAAAACAGGAAAAUAAAAAUCCAAAUGGGAUGGCCAUUUUGCUUUUAUCAAUUCAAUAUGUUUCUCUCCUGAUGGUACUGCGUUGGCAUCUGGCAGCAGAGAAAAAUCUAUCCGUUUAUGGGAUAUUAAAAUAGGAAAAUUAAAAUUCAAAUUUAAUGGUCAUUCAGAUUGCGUCCUAUCCGUCUGUUUCUCAAAAGUGUUUUUGAUUUUUAUAUUUUCAAAAUAAUGGUUUUUUCAAAUUAAUUUUCAUUUAUGA